UGGAGUUGUUGUACAGCGGAGAGAGGAGAGAAAGGAGAAGGAGUGAGAGCAAAGCGGCGGCUGAGUGAGCAAACACAGCUAGAAACAUCAGCUUAUCUUCCGAGACUAUCAGACAUCGACCUGUCACUUUUACCGCUCGGAGCCCUUCUUUGAGAGCUCCGCGAGCGAAGUGAGCGAGCAAAGCGGCGGCGGCGGCAGGAGCAGCAGCGAAGGCGGCGGAGGAGGAGGCGGCAGCAGCAGCAGCAGCAGCAGCAGCAGCGCCCUGGGCUUGUCUGUUCUGCCCGAGAAAAAACUCCCAAACGCGGUCGUCUCAGCUGGCAUGAGCUAACCCAACGACAUGGAAACCAAACCGUUCUUGUCAUUGGGGUUCUUGAAGCCCCAGUGCUCGUUGGCUCCUCCCAUGCAGCGAGGUCGCUCGGGUGAAGCUUGUUCCUGUUUCAGCGGAGUGUGUCCCCUCCAUCAGCGCCGCCUGUCCUCAGAUUCCUCGGGGCAGGUGACCUCCUCACCGCUGGGCUCGCCGACAUCCCACCGCGGUAUGCAUCCGUCUCUGCUCAGCCCGACGUCCAUGGGGCCCUCCGGCUCUCUCCACUCUCCCAUCAGCACGCUGAGUUCGCCAAUGAACGGCCUGGCAUCACCCUUCUCCGUCAUCAGCUCGCCCAUGGGGCCCCACUCUAUGAACUCGCCUGGCAUGGGUUACGGCCCCAGCGUCAGCCCCCAGCUGAACUCUCCGAUGAACUCAGUCAGCAGUACGGAGGACAUUAAGCCCCCGCUGGGCCUCAACGGCGUGAUGAAGGUGCCCGCCCAGCCCUCAGGCACGGCCCUGUCACUCACCAAACACAUCUGCGCCAUCUGCGGCGACCGCUCCUCAGGUAAACACUAUGGGGUGUACAGCUGUGAGGGCUGCAAAGGUUUCUUCAAAAGGACAGUCCGCAAAGACCUGACCUACACCUGUCGUGACAACAAGGACUGUGUCAUCGACAAACGCCAGAGGAACCGCUGUCAGUACUGUCGCUACCAGAAGUGUUUAGCCAUGGGCAUGAAGAGAGAAGUUUUGUUACAUGCAGCCGUUCAGGAGGAGCGCCAGCGAGCCAAGGACAGAAAUGAGAACGAGGUGGAGUCCACCAGCUGCGCCAACGAGGACAUGCCCGUGGAGAAGAUCCUGGAAGCCGAGCAGGCGGUGGAACCCAAAACCGAGACCUACAUCGAGACCAACCUUGGCGUACCAUCCAAUUCGCCCAAUGACCCAGUGACAAAUAUCUGUCAAGCAGCAGACAAACAGCUCUUUACUCUGGUGGAGUGGGCCAAGAGGAUCCCACACUUCUCCGAGCUGCCGCUGGACGACCAGGUCAUCCUUCUACGAGCAGGGUGGAAUGAACUCCUCAUUGCAUCAUUUUCGCACCGUUCAAUAGCGGUUAAAGAUGGGAUUCUGUUGGCGACGGGGCUGCACGUCCACCGCAACAGCGCCCACAGUGCUGGAGUGGGAGCCAUCUUUGACAGAGUGCUCACAGAACUGGUGUCAAAGAUGAGGGACAUGCAGAUGGAUAAGACGGAACUGGGGUGCCUUCGAGCUAUUGUCCUUUUCAACCCAGAUUCUAAAGGUCUGUCCAACCCAGGUGAAGUAGAAGCUCUGAGAGAGAAAGUCUAUGCGUCUUUAGAGGCCUACUGCAAACAGAAAUACCCCGAGCAGCCUGGCAGGUUCGCCAAGCUGCUGCUGCGGUUACCAGCGCUGCGCUCCAUCGGGCUCAAGUGUCUGGAGCACUUGUUCUUCUUUAAACUCAUCGGUGACACGCCCAUCGACACCUUCCUCAUGGAGAUGCUAGAAGCCCCUCAUCAAAUGACAUAAUAGCAGCGAGGGUUGAGCCCUCCUCACCCUCCCAGCCUCCCCUCACAACCCUCCUCACUCUACAUCCUCCAGCAGCCCUGGAUCAGGAGCAGGGCCCUGUUUUUUAAAAUCCCAUCUCCAGCAAGGGACAGAUCACAUGACGACUUUGGAUGGAGAAACCUUCCCUUCCUCCCUCUGCUCCUCCCUCUGUCCCUUUUUAACCCUCGACUCCCUUUGAUGUGUUUCGGAAACAGUGAAUUCAUCAUGCCUAUGGGUCUGUUUUAUACCUUGUAAAAAUAUAUAAAUAAGAAAUAUAUAUAUGAGAAUCACACAGCUACACGAGCGACAACAGCGGACUGAAGUGAGGACAGAUGGAGGACAGAAGGAACAUAUUGAGCCAUCGUUUUGAGCUUUUCGUACAGCUUGACAAGAAGAAACAAAAAGCAGAGAUGAUCAGGUUUUAACACCCACCGUUAUGCUUGCAGGUAUAUUCUCAGAAGCAGCGACGAUGUCACAUUGGACACUCAGCGUUGUGAUCGGGACAAUCGCGGACUCGCGGGAGCCUCUAGACUCGGACCUGAGCCCUCUCUAUCUUUCAGGACUGAACUUACUUCGGGCAGGGAUGGUCGGGGAGAAAACGUUCGCUUAAAGGAACUCGUCUGUUCCCGCCUGACUUGACUGAACACGUCAGGUCUUGCACUAGCUGUUUGAAGUGUGAGCUUUCUGGAAGGUGGGUUAACAAGAUUGCAAGUGCUCAACAACAAAAAAAAAAUUAAUCAAAAAAACCUCAGGUCUCUGCCCUAAUUCCAACAAAUAGAACCAUGUCUUACUCUACUAGCACUGUGCAACAUCAGGGGAGGAUGUCGUAAUAGUCUACUAAUCAGCCCUUCAGUACAAAUACAGAGAUGGAAGAGCUCGUUAGACGCAAUCUGCACACAGGAGCACGCAGGCUGUUUAAAUUAGCCACGUGUUAGCUUUAUGCUACAUGAAAGGAGGCGCAGGAACAACUUUUGUCAUCCCAGUUACAACAUUCGGCCUCUAUCGCAACCUUACAGGUGAUCACAACCAACUUGGAUGGCUGGAAAGUGAGCGCACAGUCCCAUCUGUGGGGAAAACAUCAUAUGUUUUGCCGGCCUCUGAGCUCCUUAUCGUCCCUCCUCCACCCUCCCUGCUUCUUAUUUCAUGUGAAUUUCAGCACACCAUGUACACCUCCACACUCAGAAAUCCCCACUGUCCAAUGCAGCGGGUAUUAACGUUUCAAAAACACCUCAUAUCUACCUGUAGUUACAACCAUACACAGUAUUGACGUUAUUUUCAGUUUGCAUUUUUAACAACAGCGAUGCACAAUUACCUCUUUUAUCUCCAUCCGUCAGAGCUUCAGUUCUCGACACUCAUCUAGGCUAGACAGCAUGCAAGAGAAGCGCUUGUCAUUGCAGCAGAGCCAUUGUUUGUUUAUUUGUUUGUUACUUGGCACUUAACCUCAUGACAGUGGAGUCGGGUUCCUGAACAAAGAGCUGAUGUGGAUGUAACUAACCUCUGAGGUGGAAUUUGGCCGCAGCCCAAUCAGGAAACACCACAGUUAUCUUCCUCCUCAGAGGGACUCUCACUCGCUCUGUCUGCACUUCUCUGGACAACCAAGUGUCAUUCAAGUUGAACUGAAAUGUUAAAUAUCUCCAUGUUUUGUAUAAAUAUGCUUUAUGCCCAUAUUCUGCUUUUUUUUCUCCUCCUCCUCUCUGUUUUUUUCUCUAAAUGCUGCAGCUGCUGCAAAACUAUGCAUCGAGUGCAUUUCCAAAGAUUGUCCACAGAGCGGCUUAAACAGGUCUGAUGUCUUUUAAAGCAGGUGUUUGGGAGGUGUGGGUGCACUGUAACGUUUCCCUGCACAGGAGUAAAUAUUGUACGGCUUUUUUUUUUUUUUUGCCCAUUAUUCCGAUGUUCAUUCUGCUCUAGUUUAUUUGCCCUUGGCUGAUGGAAACAGUUAUUAGCUGUUUCCGUCAUUUUCCUCAUCUGAAAAUGUCUUAUGGAACAGUGUAGCAAGGCAGAGUUUCAGGAUAUGUUGGAUAAUAGAUAUAACUGAGUAGAAUAUUAGACAAGCGAAUUGAAUUCAAGGACUUUCUGCCUGUAUCUGCAUUCUCGUCACUCUUUCAUAAGCACCUUGACACUAUCUUGACCUGGGAGACAGAAACAAGAUAAACCUGAGCACUGUGUUUUCAUUAUUCCUUGAUGAAAAAAAAAGAGUUUUAAUGCAAUGUGAGUGAGUGUAUGGAGUCUUGAGCGUGCCACUUGUAGAUGUUUUCUGUAAAUUUGAAUUGGUAAAUAUAAAUAUGAAUUGAAAUUACAUUAAAAUUUUGCAUCAAAAAGUGAAAUAAAUCCCAUUUAAGACGACAUACUAAUACAUACGGAAUUAGUAAGACGAUUUUAAAACUGAGUCACACGGCACAAACAGCGAACAUUGACCCAACUCAUUUUAUUAUUGCUUUUUUGCAUAAUCAAGUCUAAACAAGUCUGUAAUUCUUCUGGUGGCACUGUCAAGACUCCAUAAGUUCUGACUCCGACCAAAACAUCUAUGACAAAAUGGCCAUAUGUCAAAUUUUUAUCAUGAUAUGGGGCUAGUUUCAUAAAGGGGCAUCCAGUCGGGGAGGAAAUAUGUAAAUGUCAUUCCACCUCUGUGAAACUGAUUCCAGAUCACCCAUGAUCUCCCUUCUCUUAUGAUGAAAAAGCAAAGAGAUGGUUUGUACACCAGCUCAGAAAUGUCAGACGACUGGAGCUCGACUGCCCGGUUUACUUUGGGUGAAAGUUGAUUUCGGAUAAGAGAAGGUGAGAGACAUGGUGGUGAUUUCAGAGCUAUGGGACCCCUCUAGUGGAAGAGAAGCAGCGCUGCAAAGUUACUUGAAUUUUUCUACAAGUAUUUAAUCAAGACGAAAAGAUGGCACUUUUUGACAGCUCCGUAUUAUCAACUAUGUUCCUUUUGGAUCGGACAGAACCUCAGAGUCUCUGCAUGUUAAACCUGAGAAAAAGUAGCAAUAACUUCAAUAUGACCUAUUGGCUAUUUUCAAGGAGGUGGCCUGUAUUGUUAUUAUUACAACCUAUCCAGGUGACAGUAUUAACUGCCAGCUUGAGCUGAGUUUACAGUAUUUAUAUACUUGUUUACCUGUUACAACAACAAAAAAAAAACAAGUUCAUACAAUUUCAAGAGAAACUCUUGUUGAGAUUUUUUGUAAGACCAAAAUAUGACUUAUUUCUCUUUUGGAGGCUGAUUUUAAUCAAGAAAAGCAGGCAUCAAGCAAUCAAACACUCGUUUUUGGACUGGUUGAGCCCACUUUAAAGUGAAUAUCAUCCCGUUCUCUUGAGUCUGAUGUCUCCUCCUCUUUAGUUUACUGUGAUUGGUGACCACAGGUACCUAAAGCCAUAAAGUGGAUGAUAUGCGAGCUUACUCCCCUACAGGAAAGGGACAGACGAGGAUGUUCUUGACGAGAUAGAGACCAUCACCCACAUAGAAUGAUUACAUGAAUGCUUUAUAACAUAAAGCUAUAUUUUGUUAAUAUGUAUAUGUGUAUAUAUUUAUAAAUAUAUAUAGACGGAUCUGUUCCUUGACUAUUCCAACAUUGAAAGAGGGAGACAAGUCUUUCAGACCAAACUGAUCCACACCAGGUGUUCUCCAGCUCAAGAAUUUUAGGGUGUUUCUUCACAAAUACCUGAGAGGAUUUUAGGUUUUUUUGUUUUGUUUUUUUAGCAUUUUGACCUUUUUAAAAUAAAUUUUGAUCAACCAGCAGAAUCGCAGCAGCUCUAAACUCAAAGGAACCAGCUUCUCAGCAGUUUAUGGGACCUCAAAAAAAUAUGAGAGAUAAAAAAUGGUUAAGACUUUAAACCCUCCAAAAUGUGUGUUGCUUAGCAAUAUGUUUAAAAAAAAUAAGCGUAAUCAGGAAAAAGCUGAGCUUGUGACACAUUCACUGCUUUCUUUGUUGCAUAGACAGUAAAAUGUUCGAGUUUUAAAAAAAAAGAAGAAAAAACACUUGGAAAAAGAUCUAUUUUUGUACAAAGGUAAUUUUAUCCCUUGCUCAUGUACUCUGUUCUUUCCCUUUUCUUCUGUGGGCUCUUAUAUAUGUUUGUGGAAAAGCUUAUUCGACGAGAACAUUUUUCAGAUUGAAAAUGUAAGGUGAGAGGAAUGGUCGGCUUUGGCACUUUUGGUAACUGUGUCGCCUUUACUUUGCCAUUUUUCAACCUGUCGCUGCAAGAUGGGAAUGUCUUUUCAUUGUAUUUUUUGUCUACUUUAAAAGGAGAUGGAAUUUUUGUCAUCUGUUCUUUGUGGGUUGUUCUCUGAUGUUCUAUCUUUCAUGGACAGAAAAAAAAAGGUUAUUAAAAAAACUGAAAGUGA